GAAUUUUCCGCCCGGUAUCCCACUAAACAGCCCAAACGUUUAAUGCUUUAAUGCUUUAAUUGGAUAUUCUUAGAAACAGUAAAAUACUAUACUAGGAGGUUUAAAGUUAAACUUAAAUCUAUAUACACAAUAAUAAAAUCUUAUUUACAUUUACACGUUGAUUUUGUGUUUAACAGCCAGGUACAACUAACUUUACUGAAUACUGCAAGCGUUGAUACUGCGCCAAAGCGUCAACCUCCUAAAUAGCGAACACGUUGAUUUUGUGUUAAAUAGUCAUGUCUAGUCUGAAAUGAGCAUUAUUGGUAGUGAUAGGGAUCUUCAGAGUCAAUUUUUAAGCAUGUUGAGAUGCAACGUUUUGCCAAGUGUAAAAAAAUUCUGUUGGGUGGACGUGGAUUAUUCAUACCCAUCUCAAAUUUUCGAAAAUUUAGGGUGGUUCUGAACCCACACUACAGGAUUUGAUUACACUUUGCAAAAAGUUGCAUGCUAAAACUAAGGCCGGGUACGUGUUUUAACGGGUUGCAUCUUUGCUAUGGUAGCCUAUUAAACCAUGGAGACUUCUGGGCAUUAUUUGUGAUACCAGUAUUGUAACAUUACUUGUAAAGUUUGGUAGUAUUAAUCUUUCAAAGUAUGUAACUGCUGGAGUGAAAGUGCUUAGAACAUGGACAUCAUAAAUGAUAUCUCCGAAAUUAAACGCAUCAGAUAUUUUUGGGUGUUUAAAAUGUACUGAUUUCUGUAAGAAAAAGUGAUGUUUGUCGCACAUUCUCACCCAAGUCCCCAUGGUUGCCCCGGAGAUGGUCCCCUAGGGGAAGCUGCGAAUUGUGCAGCGUACAAAUUAUGCAUGAAUUGCAAAUUGUGAAGCUAAUAUACACAAGAUGUGAUCUGACUUGUGUUCUUCUGUAACAUGAAUAAAUUACCAUCCGUUUUGAUGAUAUCAACUGCUCGCAGCUUAGAAGUCUUAGAAGAACGAGUUUUAGAAGAUAAUGGACAAAGCAGAAGGCAAGACGACAAAUAAUUCUAAAGAGAGCACACGAAACGUCGCUUGUUUCUUCGUGCUGGGAGUAUUAUCUUUGAUUUAUGAUGAAAUUUCCCUGGCAGCGGCCGAGGACGUGUUGGCCGGCAGUAUUAUUCCUACUACAAUUGUCAUCAUUGCUAUCGCUAUACCAGUGCUAGGCGUGAAGACAACUGCUCCGUGGUUUCUUGAGAAGUGUUCUUACUUACACAAGUCGUGUGUUGUGGUGUUCUUGCUAGUGACAGGAUUAAUCGUGAUUGUAGCAGUCCAAAAUGUUCACUGGCGGUUGUUUGGUAUUAGUGUUAUUGAAUCGGGAGUGAGUUUUAGCGAGAUUACAUUCCUAGCCUUGACUGCAUCUUAUCACGAAGUCACUGUCAGCGCGUUUGUGGCGGGGAUAGGUGUUGCUUCACUCCUUGGACCGUUAUAUUACACAGCCCUCACCACCUGGGUGUGCUUGCCUCCACGAAUAGCCAUGUCAACAACUAUUCCUUGGCCAUUUCUCGUUUUAUUAAUGUACGCAUUCUUGGAAAAGAAUGACAUCAACGGCAAAACAAAAGAACGUGGAGAUGUCAACUACGAAAAGUUGCCAUCAAGCGAAAAUGACACUGAUGAACCAGAGGGAAAUUUUCAGAAUAGCUUAACUUGGAAAAAGAAAUUCUCCGUCGCAAAGCAGAUUUUACCAUACAUCAUCUACUUGUUUCUAACAUACUUUGCAGAAUAUCUCUCAAAUCAAGCCAUUAUUACCACCAUUGCGUUUUCCAACGCCUCGUUCAGCCCAAGGGAUCAUUAUCAAUACUACAUCGUGUGCUAUCAAGUGGGAAAGUUCCUCGGUAGGUCCCAUAUUUUCUUCCUCUCCUGCACCUGCUCAAAAGUGAUCCCUUACGUGCGAGUCAAGAAGACCUGGAUCCUUGCUCUGAUAGAAAUAGGACAUCUUCUCUUCUUUGUUUUUGCUUCGUGGUUUCGUUUUGUACCUCAUGUGAGCAUCAUACUUAUUCUUUGUAUCACGGAGGGGUUUGUAGCGGGAUCUAUGUAUGUUAACUCUGCUCACACCGUUUCUGAAGUAAUUUCUGAGCCGAAGCAAAGAGAAUUUGCCUUAGGGCUGCUCACUAUCGGAAACGGAUUGGGCAAACUAUCAGCCGGUUUCUUGGGACUUCAUGUCGAACCACAGCUAAAGAAACAUUGCGUUUAUGACCUGGAGUUACGGGAUCAGUGCAUCACCAGAUAUCCGCAGAAAUCAGGUUGGACAACAGAUAAACACUGUAGCUCUGAUGUUGCGAACUCAACAAUGUCCUAAAACUUAAUUCGUAACAAAUAUCGUCUCUCUCUUCAGCAGAGGCUCAAAACGUCCGUUAUAUAAAGCCGCUGUGUGACGUGAGUGCAGGCGCAUGACGCAACUUAACUCUGGGCCUGCACUCAUAUCGUUUAGCGGAUUCUCCCCACCCGAAAAAAAAACCCUUUGAGUCUCUGGAGGAAAGAAACAAAUAUCAAGACAAUUACUGACUGAUAAGCGCAGCGUUUGAAAUUCGAAAAUCGUACUCGUACUCAAACUCGUACUGGUAGUCCAAUCUAUAGGCCUCUAUUACGAUGAAAGCCGGUCUGAGACCAGAUAUGAUGCAGGCAACGCGCGUUUUACCUUCUAAUUCAGCCCUAAUAUGAUAGUCUCCUUCCUUCUGUUAUUAUACCCCUCCACUAAAAAGAACUUGAACGGAUGUAGGCUCCUUCUCUCACUGGUGGGAUUCACCGUAUUUCAUGGUAUAGCCUUCCUAAUAG